CUCCUGACUGGAUGUGGCGGCGGCGGCCGGACUCGCUCCUCUUCCCCCCACUUCCCCGCCCCACAUUCUAUUGUUCCUAUGGUUACGCGAGUUCGCCCCCGCCUUCGUGCUCUGAUCCUGGGCCCGCUUCGCUCGAGAUCCGGACGCGCAGUGACGCCUCGACGACGGGGAUGGAAGGCGGCGGUGGCGGCGCGGGAGACCCCAGCCCGGCCUCCGCGAACAUGUUCUCCCUGACGGGCCUCGGUGCCGCGUUGCGGGCCGUCCCCGAGGCGCCGGAUCCCGCCUCGCUGCACUACAUGCACUUGCCGUGGCAGUGCAAGCACCGCGUGUGCAAGAUGGGCGGCCGCCGCCACAAGGCCGCCCGGCUGCACCGCAAGGUGGGGCCUACCGGCAAGGAGAUCCACGCUUUGAAACGCUUGAGAGAAGCUUCCAAUUCUAAUGAUUUAGAAACAGUGCAGCAGCUUCUGGAAGAUGGGGUGGACCCCUGUGCAGCUGACGACAAAGGUCGAACGGCCCUGCACUUUGCUUCCUGCAAUGGAAAUGACAGUAUUGUGCACUUGCUUUUGGACCAUGGAGCCGACCCAAACCAGCGAGAUGGGCUGGGGAACACCCCCCUGCAUUUGGCUGCCUGCACGAACCAUGUACCCAUCAUCACCACACUGCUUCGUGGAGGAGCCCGAGUAGAUGCCUUGGAUCGAGCUGGACGAACCCCUCUGCACUUGGCCAAGUCAAAGCUGAACAUCUUGCAGGAGGGCCUCUCACAGAGUCUGGAAAUUGUGCGCCUGGAAGUAAAGCAGAUCAUCCAGAUGUUGCGGGAAUACCUUGAACGCCUCGGGCGCCACGAACAUCGGGAACAGCUGGAUGAUCUUUGCUCCAGGUUACAGAUGACUAGUACAAAAGAGCAGGUGGAUGAGGUUACUGACCUCCUGGCCAGCUUCACCUCCCUCAGCUUGCAGAAGCAGAAGUUUGAGAAGAGGUAACAGGAUUUCCCACUGUUUUCUCAAUCAAACGGAGAAGCCUUGGGAGGAAGAGCAACUGGAGCUCCUCAGCAAGACUUCAGACUUGUUGCUGCUGGUACCAGGCAUGCUUUUCCUAUUGGAUAUAUAUGUUCAGCUGCCCAAGACAUGUUGGGCCACUAUUACUGCCGUGGACGCUUCCUUCAGGACAAGAGGUUCAUACUGAGGCCCUGACUUCCAGAACAAUGAACCACUCUUUUUUUAUGCCUCAGUGACAACUGUUUUAGUAAAUGCAGUCACCUUGUACAGGGGAGUUGCCCCAUUUCAGAAGCAUCUCCAUGGUCCCACAAGUGACAAAUCCAACGUGCUUUGAGAACAUUUGGGGAAACUGCAGCUUCUGGGCACAGCAUCCCACAUGACUUGUUGAGCAAUUGCAUAAACAGUGAGAAACUCUACACCCUGUUGGGCAACUAAGUUUUAAAGGAGGGCUAUUUUAAACUGAGAAAGGGCUAAAGGGCCAGCAAUGCUAGCUUUGCCCACUAAAAUGCUAUUUAACUCCCCCCUCCUCUUUCCCACCCUCCAAAAUAGCAGUGGAGAAUUUUUACAGGGUUUUUUGCUUAUGCUCCUCUCUGAUGAACCAUGUCUCUUUCAUUUCCUGCCUUUUUCAUGCACCUGCAUUGGUAGCUGAGGUGUGCAAGGGAAGAAUUCUGCCAAAAUCUCUUGUCUGAGAGGGAGAGUAAGAGAUUCAAAGAAUUCCUUGCUUGCAUCUGUCAGCUUGCACCUAUUUUUUUUCCAUAGUUAUGGGCUGCCUGGGAUUCAGGCCUAAUAGGGAGUUAUAAUGAGUCGCCGGGCUACCCAUUGCCUACUCCUGCUUGUUACUGUUCCGUGGACUUUCUUUUGCUCUCUGUGCCAGUUAACAUAAUCUAUAUCAGUCCUCAAAAACCUGAGCUGGAAGUAAUGGUGUCUCUCAGGGCGGCUUCAUACACUACUUUUCUUCCUUCAAAGACGGGACUGAUUCAGAAGUAACAGAAAAGCACAGUUUGGGGAGUUUAGAUGCAGUGACAAAUCACAAUUUGUUCUGAAACAGGAGCAGAAGCUUUAAAUCCCUACAC